AUGACAAUCGAAACUUCAGUGACUAGCCGUAAGCCAUGCGGUUUCGAUGUAGCACAAUCAUCGUGGAAACGGUGGCCAGCAUUAUUGUUGUGGUCGUGGAUUUAUCCGAUAUUAAAACUUGGUACUAAACGUCAGUUAACAGAUGAUGAUCUAUCUGAACUCUCACCAAAUGAUAAAUGUCGUCAACUACUGAAUGCUUUCGAAUCUGAACGUCUGAAACGUAUAAACACAAGUACUUUAAAACUAAUAUUUUCGACGUUUUGGCGCGAGAUGCUAGUUUCGGGCCUGUUAAUAUUGCCGUAUUCUGUAGCCAAAAUCGCACAGCCACUNAAUACUGUGCAGUGGACAGACAAGCGUGUGAAAACUGUCAAUGAAAUAGUGAACGGCUGCCAGCUCGUCAAAAUGUAUGGCUGGGAAAAACCAUUAGAAGACGUUGUGCGUAAUACUCGGGAAAAUGAGUUUAAGAGUAUUCGGCGAGCAGGGCGUAUUCGAGCGUGUAACAUGGCUAUUUCUUUUGCUGCACUGCCCAUAAUUUCUUUGGCUACGUUCGGUAGUAUUUGGUUAAUGGGUCGUGAACUAACCGGCUCGCAAAUAUUCACAGUACUGUCAUUUUUCUCAACACUCCGAGCUCCGUUGACAACUUUUCUUCCCUUAGGUCUUGAGAGAUUGAGUGAAGUUAUAAUUUCAACUAGACGAAUCGACGAUUUUAUGAAUCUGUCGAAAGACGAGGAUGGUGGGAAAGACACAGACAAUACACAUGGCCAGGACGAAUUGGCAGGUACUGUACUAAUGAACAAGGCAUCCUUCUGUUGGGAUGCUCAAAAUCAGUCAUGUUUACUGAAAGACAUUGAUUUACAUGUAAAACAGGGAUCUCUCGUUGGUGUUAUGGGAUCAAUUGGCUCCUGUAAAUCCUCAUUAUUGAUGGCUAUCCUCGGUGAAAUGAAACUUUCCUCAGGAACGAGUCGUUGUAAUGGAACUUUUGCUUAUGCCUCUCAGACGCCGUGGAUUUUUGCUGAUACUAUAAGAGAGAAUAUUUUGUUCGGCAAGCCGCUAAAUCCUGAACGAUAUGCGAAAGUGUUGCAGAUCUGUUGUUUAAUACCUGAUAUCGAUUCAAUGGCAGCUGGUGAUCUAACGGUCAUUGGUGAGAAAGGCGUGAAUCUUAGUGGUGGUCAGAAGGCGAGAGUUUCCUUAGCGCGAGCCGUAUAUGAAGAAGCCGACAUUUAUUUGUUUGAUGAUCCACUCGCAGCAGUUGAUUCGACAGUUGCUCAGUCUAUAUUUGAAGAUUGUAUUGGUCCUGAUGGAUUUUUGAAGAUAAAGUCACGAAUAUUAAUUACACAUCAAAUAGAAUAUUUGCCAAAAGCCGAUCACUGUGUACUUCUAGAUAGCGGUAGAGUUAAAGGUCAAGGUCAUUUCAACGACUUGUUGACAUCAGCUGAAGAAGUAAAACUAUUGUAUGAUCUGAGGAGGGCUCAAUUUGAUAGAGCAGCACAGAAAAGAAAACAUGUAGACAUUGUAAAAGAGGAAGUUGCAACAGAAUCAGUUAUGAAACCGGAUGAACAUAGUAUUGUAAAAGAGGAAGUGUCAGCCGGAGGUAACAUCAGUGCUGGUGUGUGGAUGAAAUUAUUUACAGCGAAUCACGGAUGGAUUGGAUUUGUGCCAAUUGUAAUUCUGAUGUUCGUGGGUGAAGCACUGUAUGAUGCAACUAAUCGAUGGCUUAGCAU